CUGCGAUGGUUCGGCAGUUCACAAAGCGCUAUUGUUGGAAUCGCUGUUUGUUGCUAUCGGAUUUGAUUAAGAAUAUUGGCUCACACAAAGUGUAAAACAUGGCCGUGAACGUUUACAGUACCAGUGUUACCACGGAGAACCUUUCUCGCAAGGAAAUGCUUGCGUGGGUCAAUCGCACGCUGCUUUCGGAGUUUAAGAAAAUAGAAGAACUUUGUACAGGCGCCGCCUACUGCCAGAUGAUGGACAUCCUCUUCCCGGGAUGCGUCCCACUUCGGCGGGUCAAAUUCUGCACCAACCUGGAGCAUGACUUCCUGAACAAUCUGAAAAUCUUUCAGAACGGUCUGGUCGCCAUGCAGGUGGACAAAGCGGUUCCGAUCGAUCGCCUCAUCAAGGGUCGUUUCCAGGACAACUUUGAGUUUCUGCAGUGGUUCAAGAAGUUUUUCGACGCCAACUACGAUGGCAAAGAGUACGAUCCGAUCGGAGCGCGUCAUCAGCAUCCAAUGGGUUACGGGACGCCCAAUACGCUGCGUCCCAGUCAGAGGGCGAAUGUUAGUGGUGGGGUGCCCAAAGUUGUGGGUGGGAUGAACAAAUCGGUGAACAAAUCCAGCGACAAGAAGUCCACUCCAACGACAGCGCUGGGAAAUUUGAAAAUCAGUGAGGCUAACAGUGAACUGAUGGAGCAAGUGCAAAUGCUGUCGCAGGAAAGGGAUGACCUGACGGAGAAGACGCAAACGGUGGAGGCAGAGCGGGAUUACUACUAUCAGAAGCUGACUCUCAUCGAAGCUCUGGUAAAUGAAGAGGAUUGCGACGAUACUCGAGCAUUCUGCGAGCGUGCCAAGGAAAUAAUGUAUGCUGAAGGCUAAGCCGUUGCACUCGAUUUUAAGUGAAGAUUGUAGACAACUUUUAGUUGUUAUUUUUGUGUAUUAUGUUUCAUAUAUUGUUUGAAAAUUCCAAUUUUCGCUGUUGAAAUUAUACUUUUCUCAAAUUUUAAGAACAAUUUAUAUGAAUUAAAAACUUUGGUUUAUA